AUGGCGCUUCUUGGUUCGACCGAGUGUGCAGGAACGCCAGCCGUGCUGCCCUCUUGCGAUUUCUAUUUUGACGUGCUGGGCCCUCUCGGUCUACCCUCCUUUCGCCUCCCGAUCGUCUCUCAACUGGUGCUGCUGGAUUCCCAGCGCAACGGGGACCGCCCCGUGAGCUUAAAUAUCGCCACCAGCGUUUCGCCCAGCGUUGACGAAAUUGGCGACGGCAAAACGAAGGCUUACGGUUACCAGGUGGAGGUGGAUGCGACUGGGAAGGCGGAGUACUACAAGUGCAAGGCAGCAGUGCUGGCAACGAGCGUGGCGCCUGCUGGUGAUCAAUUUUAUGCAACUGGAGAGCCAGCGAAGGUGUACGCCCGGACUUUCCAAAAGAAUCUUCCAGUGGAAGCCUUUCAGGGUUGUUGUGUGCGCAUGUCACUGGCCAGUGUGCAGCUGAAGGCUCCUAAUGGUGAUACUCACGAUUCCAUGGUCGGUAGUGUGCCGUUUCACGACCGACAUGUGUUCCUGUGUCAUAAGGGCCCGGCUAACUGGCCUGAGAAUCCGUUUUCGUUCGACUGGGACUGCAUGCCGAGGAGACUUCGUGCUGAUAUCAAAGCUCGCGAGGAGGAGAUGCAAAGAAAGACGAUGUUCACGGUGUGUGAAGGAAGGGACGUCCCUGGCUCCUACAAUGGGGACAUUUUGGUCUUCCCUGAAAUGUUAAUUUACAGGUCGUUGACUCGUUUCGAUGUUGAGUGCUUCGUGGAUGAGGCUCUCGUGCAUGAGCAGCCUCGCUUGCUCUGGCCGGAACCUCUUACCGGGUGUCACAUCUUCGUGUGCUGCCAUGCCACCCGUGACUCGCUCUGCGGGGCGAUCGGUCCUCAAGUCGUGGCGAAAUUUCGCGAGGAGUUUGAACGGCGAGGUUUGAUCGAUGUUCACGUCUGGCCGUGCUGUCACCUGUCGCGGAAUGUCUCCAUGGAUGCGUGUGUUGGAAACGUGUCUGUAUUCAAACGGAGCAAGCCGUCGUGCAAUAACUGCGGAAGGAGGAGGUCCGAGGAUCGAUUCCUGUCUGGCGCGAAAAGGCAGCAGCUUCCUCCGGAAGCUCUCGCCGCGUUGGUAGCAGCUGCAUCGGCUGGGCAAACUGGAGAGGUUCGGGGCGACUGGUACGGCCAAGUCAUGCCUGAUGACGUGGCAGAUGUCAUGGAGCUCCACGUCAUGGGUGAUUCGGUGGUGGAGCGCCUUUGGCGGGGAAGGAUGGGGCUCUGGCCGCAGCAGCAGGUGGAGGAGCAGGCUGAUCGUCUCGGUUCAAUGCGGUGUGUUUCCGCCGAUCCCGACGCCUCUUCCGAACGUAUGCCCGGCUCGGCUUCCGGUUCGGCUCUUUCUGACGCUGGUUCGGAAGUCUGCUCCUGCGCACCCACUGCCGUCUCGCGGUCACUCUCGGCUCAGUACAUCUCUCGUCAGACUUCUCGCUCCAGCAGCGAGGCGUCGAAAGGAUCAAAUAACAGCCCUUGCGAGUUCGCCAAAUGCGGCGCGGGAGGCGUGGCUCAUAGCCCGUCUUCCACGCUGGACGCCGUUAAUCGGCUCGGCUCCGCGAGCUUCCACAGCUGCUCGUCGGCCUCCUAUUCGUCGACAUCAAUUGCGUCCGCCGAACCCGCCGUUAGCGACGUUCGCGGCGAGGUCAGCGGCGGCGCGUCUCUUAGAACGGACUCGACUCUUUCCUGCGUCUCCGCGUCUCCCGGCUCUUCGACGCGGUGGGAUAGUUACCUCUGCGGCUCGCCUUCGGUGCGAUUCGGUUCUGCUUCUGAGACUUCCGCUUCUCGCCCAGUGAAGCAGGGGCAGUUUCCAAAACAGCCCAGCUGUAAUCGGGUAACCAGCUUCCACCAAAACUUCGCGAAACAAGAGGCGGAAACCGUUUCGGCUGGGUGGCCUAGCUGGGUGGGGGAGUCGGGUCUUGUGACGGGGCGUGGUGCCAUUGCUGCCGCUGCUGUCGCCGCGGUGGCGGUAGCUGGUGUGUCUACAGUGAUGUUCCUUUGCAGGAAGAAAGAUUGA